AUGUCGCAAAGGGGCAAAGCCCCCAGGAAACCUCCUGACAGGGGAGCUCCCCGAACUGUUGUGCGUCGGGAUUUAAGGAACCCGACCAAGCUGGUCCCCGCCACUGAGCUGGGGACCUUCCACGCUCGCCCGGCAUCCAAGGGCACCCCCUCUGCCCUCGCGGGAAGCGGCAAUGAUGCCGCCGACCGGGAACCAGGCAGAGGGGAAAGAUGCGCGCAACCUGGCCCAUCUAAAGACGCGCACCGCCAGGAGUCCCCCCCCCGCGACCUCGACCUAGUGAAGGCGCCGCCGACGCCGAGAAUCCGGCUCGUGGACAAGGGCUACCAACCCCUACCGUCCCAGUCGGGUACCGUGCGGCGAAAGCCCUCACCCCCUCCGCGCUCACCCUCCCCCCCGCCGGAUAGCGGGAGCGAGGAGGAAGAGGAAGACAGGCGUUUGUACGGCGACGUACAUGCGUCGCCUGCGACCUCGCCUGAGCCUUCGCCAGCACCCUCGCGUGUGCCCUCGCCGCUACCUCGCUCCUAUACGCUAGAUAGGGGCGAGUAUGACGCCACGUCAUAUGCGGCACUCGAACCGGUGCCACAAUCGCCCGAGCCGAUGCUCCCCCCGUCCCCUCGCCGCGACGACGAACCCCGCCGUCCUUUGCGGCAGUAG